CUUCUCUCGUCGAAAAACAAGAAAAAAGACGAAGUUGUUCAAGAAGAUAGCGACGAAGAUUCUUCAAGAGAGGCCGAAAGUGAGACUUCUGAGUCAGAUCUACUUCUGCCAAAAACCAGCAUAAAUCUCUCUGAAAUUACAGAUCUUAUUUUGAAUGAGUCGAAAGUUGGCAGUGUUUUGAAGUGCAUCGCAGACGACAAUGACGAUGAUGACAACAACAAGGAGGAUACUUAUGGAAUUACUACAGUCUUGAACAUUAACCAUCAUAAGGAGGUAGCUGCAGUCAGAGACUUCCUUAAUCUUGUUACAACAAGUUCUCAAGAUGACAAAUUUUUAAAAAUCCUUCAAGAUCCACAGCACACUAUGGGUUGGUUAAUAAAUGAGCGAUUUAUCAAUAUUCCAGCUCAUAUUGCUCCACCACUCUAUGCAAGCCUUUGGUCAGAGAUUGAGAAGGCAAGAAAAAAGGGGAAGCCUUUUAAAUUUGACUAUCUUCUCUACAUAUGUAAAUCCUACAAAUUUGAUGUAUCAAGCAACAAGAAAAAAAAGAAAAAUCAAGUGAAGGAAGGGCAAGACCUGAUGUUUAUAAAUUCUGAGGAUGAACUAUUAUGUCAGAAAGCAUCAGCGAAGUUUGACAAAGACGUCACGGAGCAAAGCGAUGUUCUGGUGUCUGGCAAAUGGCGGGAAAACGACAGUCAGAUGAGAUCCUUCAGAACUUUCAUGUUAAUACCUUGGAAAGAAAUGAAAAAUAGCGACAGAAAUGGAACAAUGCAGCGUGAGAGGACUUGGGAAUGUUUAUUCCUAUAUUUUAUUUCAUUAUGA